AGUCAGGCGGCCGCUUCCUCGUUUCUCCGUCUUUAUCAGAUUCGCUCCUAUCCUUCUUCUGAACGACGACGACGACGGACAGCCCCUCUCUCUCAGGCACUGGCUACAAAAAUGACGGCUGCUCUUCGUGGUAUUUCCAUGGCGUCCCGGAGCGCUGCCAUGAGGGUCCCCGCCCGAAGGCUUGUCCAGGCACCGACAGCCCUUGCACCUUCCCGAGCCUUUACCACAUCGCUGCGCAUUAUGGCUGGAGGACACCGGACAGAGAAAGACACAUUCGGGCCACUCGAGGUGCCCGAGGACCGCUACUGGGGUGCCCAGACCCAACGGUCACUGCAGAACUUUGACAUUGGCGGGCCACAGGAGCGCAUGCCCCUCCCCUUGAUCCAGGCCUUUGGUGUGCUCAAGAAGGCCGCUGCCCACGUCAACAAGACCUAUGGCCUGGAUGCCACGGUGGCCGACGCCAUCAGCCAGGCUGCCGACGAGGUCAUCUCGGGCAAGCUCAUCGACCACUUCCCCCUCGUCGUCUUCCAGACUGGCUCGGGCACGCAGACGAACAUGAACACCAAUGAGGUCAUCUCCAACCGCGCCAUUGAGAUCCUCGGCGGCAAGCUCGGCUCCAAGGACCCCGUCCACCCCAACGACCACGUCAACAUGAGCCAGAGCAGCAACGACACGUUCCCCACGGCCAUGCACGUCUCGGCCGUCCUCGAGAUCACAAAGUCGCUCCUGCCUGCCCUCGAGGAGCUCCACGAGGCCCUGGCAAAGAAGCAGGCCGCCUUUGAGAACAUCAUCAAGAUCGGCCGCACCCACCUGCAGGACGCCACGCCGCUCACCCUCGGCCAGGAGUUCUCGGGCUACGUCAAGCAGGUCGAGAACUCGAUUGAGCGUGUCAAGGGCGUUGUCCCUCGGCUCAGCCUCCUCGCCCAGGGCGGCACGGCUGUGGGCACGGGCCUCAACACCUACAAGGGCUUCGACUCCAAGGUCGCUGCUGAGAUUUCCAAGCUGACGGGCGUCCACUUUGAGACGGCCCCCAACAAGUUUGAGGCCCUCGCCGCGCACGACGCCAUCGUCGAGGCCAGCGGUGCCCUCAACACCGUUGCCGUCAGCUUCAUGAAGAUUGCCAACGACAUUCGCUACCUCGGUUCGGGUCCCCGCUGCGGCCUGGGCGAGCUGUCGCUGCCCGAGAACGAGCCCGGUUCGUCGAUCAUGCCGGGUAAGGUCAACCCGACGCAGUGCGAGGCCCUCACGAUGGUCGCCGCCCAGGUCAUGGGCAACAACACGACGAUCAGCGUCGCCGGCUCCUACGGCCAGUUUGAGCUCAACGUCUUCAAGCCAGUCCUGAUCAAGAACCUGCUCCAGUCGAUCCGGCUCCUGGCCGACGGCGCCCGCUCCUUCACCAAGAACUGCGUCGUGGGCAUCGAGGCCAACGAGGACCGGAUCGGCAAGCUGCUCAAUGAGAGCCUCAUGCUCGCCACCAUUCUCAACUCGCACCUCGGCUACGACAAGGUGGCGCAGUGCGCAAAGAAGGCCCACAAGGAGGGCACCACCCUCAAGGAGGCCACCGUCACCCUUGGCUACCUCACCCCCGAAGAGUUUGACCAAAAGGUCCGGCCGGAGCUCAUGCUGGGCCCCGACGAGCCGCCCAAGUAGUAGAGGCGGCCCUGCAUGUAGAGCAAUCAACCCCCC